UUUAUUCAUGCCGGGCAAGAUGGCGGCGAUACGGACGAGGUGUUAUUGCCAGUGGACAUAAAAAACGGCAUUUUUUUCAAAAUACAAAGCCGAGUCAGAUACAUUCGCACACUUGACCGCUUCGUGUGUGCGUUUACAACGUAACGAGCGUCGACGUCUUUUUAAUUUUACGCGUUUCGAGGGUUUUUUCUUACAAAAUGUUCACGUUGUAACUCGCUCGCUAACCGACCAGCUGGCUAACAGAGAGCAGUGACUAGCUAGCUAGCUAUCUAUCACAGCCAAGCCGCCGUGAAGUGUAGAAUGGGAGAAAAGCUGGAGCUCAAGCUCAAAUCGCCGGUCGGAGCAGAACCUGCUGGGUAUCCGUGGCCGUUACCAGUAUACGAUAAACACCAUGAUGCUGCUCAUGAAAUCAUCGAGACCAUUCGGUGGGUGUGUGAGGAAAUCCCAGACCUCAAACUGGCAAUGGAAAACUACGUGCUCAUUGACUAUGACACCAAGAGCUUUGAGAGUAUGCAGAGACUUUGUGACAAGUACAACAGGGCCAUUGACAGCAUUCACCAGCUGUGGAAGGGGACCACCCAGCCCAUGAAGUUAAACAAGCGUCCUUCCAAUGGGCUGCUGAGACACAUCCUACAGCAGGUGUACAACCACUCAGUGACUGACCCGGAGAAGCUGAACAACUAUGAGCCCUUCUCCCCUGAGGUGUACGGAGAGACCUCUUUCGACCUGGUGGCUCAGAUCAUUGAUGAGAUGGAAAUGAUGGAAGACGACACCUUCGUUGACCUCGGAAGUGGAGUGGGACAGGUGGUGCUGCAGGUUGCAGCAGCAACCAACUGUAAACACUACUACGGUGUAGAGAAAGCAGACAUUCCAGCUACCUAUGCAGAGACCAUGGAUAAAGAGUUUAAAAAGUGGAUGAAAUGGUAUGGGAAGAAACAUGGGGAGUACACACUGGAGAGAGGGGAUUUUUUGUCGGAAGAAUGGAAAGAAAGGAUCGCCAACACAAGUAUUAUUUUUGUGAAUAACUUUGCCUUUGGUCCAGAGGUAGAUCACCAGCUGAAGGAGCGCUUUGCUAACAUGAAGGAAGGAGGAAAAAUUGUGUCCUCCAAACCUUUUGCACCUUUAAAUUUUAGAAUCAACAGUCGAAACUUGAGUGAUAUUGGCACAAUAAUGCGUGUGGUGGAGCUUUCUCCACUGAGGGGCUCUGUGUCCUGGACUGGAAAGCCGGUUUCCUACUACCUGCAUACCAUAGACCGCACCAUACUUGAAAACUAUUUUGCUAGUCUCAAAAAUCCUAAACUCAGGGAGGAGCAAGAGGCAGCUAGGCGACGUCAGCAGAAGGAUACAAAGGACAGUAAAAGCAAUAGCACCACGCCUACAAAACCUAAAGAACAACACAAGCAGGAUUCCUGUGGUGAGGAGGAGCGUCCUAGCUUGGUGACAGUGGUCAAGGCUUCUGCCAAACCCAGAAGAGCGCGACACCUGUCCAAAGGUCGCAAGCUGAACAAUAAGAAACGUGGUCGUCCCAAGAAAGCCACCCCAGCUGCUGAGAAGAAAAACAAGAAGAAUCAGAGCGCGUUGGAUUUGCUGCACGCCAAGACCCUUUCUGCAGCACCCCCUCAGGAUGCAUACCGGCCACCUCAGAGUCCCUUCUACCAGCUACCUCCCAAGGUCCAGCACUAUCCUCCUAGUCAACUGCUGCUGAGCCAAACUCCUCCUGGUCUGCAACAACUGCUAGAUAACAUCAAAGUUCAGUACCUCCACUUUAUGUCCUACAUGAAGACUCCUCAGUACCGCUCGAACCUGCAGCAACUUUUAGAGCAGGAGAAGCAAAAACACCGGGACCUGUCAGGGCAGGCGGAGCAGCUCCAUUCAGUCUGUCAGUCUCACAAGGACAAGAUCAAAGGUCUCUUUCAGACCAAACUGGAUGAGCUGGGAGUAAAGGCCCUGACAGUGGAGGACCUCCUGCAGGCUCAGAAGGAGAUAUCAGCCCACAAUCGUCAGCUGAAAGAGCAGACUAAGCAGCUUGAGCGAGACAUGGCCUUACUGAGGGACCACAGCCUGCUACUGCUGAAGUCUCGAUGUGAGGAGCUGAAGCUGGAUUGGGGCUCUUUGUGUCUGGAGAGUUUGUUGAAGGAGAAGCAGGCGCUACGCAGACAGAUCUCUGAGAAACAGAGGCACUGCCUGGAGUUGCAGAUCAGCAUUGUGGAGCUGGAGAAAAGUCAAAGGCAGCAGGAGCUGCUUCAGCUCAAAUCCUACAGCCCCUGUGACGGCUCCCCAUAUCGAAAGAACCUGGAGUCACGCUCUUCCACUGACAUGGACUCCUCUAAGCACGGCUUGUCCUCAGCCCCAGCUCUCAACGGCGUGAGCCCAGAGCUUUCUAUCAAUGGAACCAGCUCACCAUGUUUUGACCGGGUCAACACAAAGAGUGAGCUUCUGUCUCGCUACCUGCCCAUCUCUCCCGACCACGAGAUCUUGCCUGCCAUCCCCGACACUCGACAGAGGCAGCAAAGCUCCUCCCAUGCUCUUCCUGACUACACUCGCUUCUCCCCUGCCAAGAUUGCCUUGCGGAGGCACCUUAACCAAGAUCCCACUGCCUCUGCUCACUUAAGAGGUCCAGGGCUGACCACACACAGGGAACUGGGUGGCGUUAACUCUCCACUUGGAGCCAAACAGAACUGCCCCUCUCCCAAUGCAUCUGAUGCUCAGAAUAAUCCUAAAAGCUCUGAGAGGGGCGGUAAGGAGAGGAGUCCAUCUGUUCAGGGUGACAACAGCAUCACAAGCCUUCCGAUUAGCAUCCCUCUGAGCACUGUCCACCCGAGUAAACUACCGGUCAGCAUCCCGCUGGCCAGCGUGGUGCUGCCCAGUCGUGCUGAGAGACUGAGAAGUACUCCAAGUCCUGUGUCUCAAGCAGGUCAGACCAAUGGAUAUUCAUCCAGCUCAGGCCUGAUGAAUGGAGGUCCCCACCCUGAGGACCACAAUGGUGCUUCUUCAUCACCUCCUCCACACAGCAACACUCCUUUGACGGGACCAAUGGGUCGAGGAGGUCCCAUCCAGAGCCCCCCACUCAACACUGGAGGGGUGCUCCAGUAUGCCGACGGACCUCCGAGGAUUCUUCCAGAAGACGGACCAGACCGCCAGGGAGGGGAGUCGGACACGGAGCCCCAGGACAGUGAACUGCGUAGGAGAAUCUUCUUCUCUUCUUCCUCCUCUUCAUCCUCGUCUUCCUCUUCGUCAGGCAGCGGAGGCAGCGUGGCCGGAGGAUCACGCCUCCACCAUCACACUGGCAACUCGGCCAAGCAGGGAUACCACAGUAACCAUGGAAACCACCACCACCAAUCCCCCGGCACGCAGCACACCCACACGCCCACACAUACGUCGUCAUCGCACUCCUCGCACAGCCUCGGCUCUCAAGAAGGACGCAAGCGGGGGAGAAGGAAACGCAGCUCUGCGGGGCCCGUCAUGGCCAGCGGAUCCCCAAAGAGGAGGUCGUUCCCUGGGAUCAGCUCCAACAACCACUCCUCAGGGUCGCCACUCAACAUUAACUCCAUGGUGAACAACAUCAACCAGCCUCUGGAGAUCUCUGCCAUCUCCUCCCCGGAACAAUCAAGUCGCAGCCCCAGUGGGCCUGACCUGGACCAGCCUCCCAUCUUGAAAAGAGAGCGCCCCCUGGAGCUGAACGGCACAGGUCGAUACUCCACAGCCCCCAGCUCCGAUGAUGAGGACUCAGGAUAUCCUGCUGACAGCUCCAGUUCUCGAAUUGAAAGAAAAAUAGCCACUAUAUCCCUGGAGAGCAGAGACGGACCUGGUAGACUAGGUGACAGUGAACGAGGCAGAAAAUCUGGUAGCAGCAGUGGUAACAGCACAGGCAGCGAGGCCUCCUCUUCAUCCUCCUUGUCCUCUACCAGCAAGUGGAAAUCCACUUUUUCACCCAUUUCCGAUCCCAAGCAGCCCAACUCCGACCUGAGGCAGGGAGGCUCUCCGUUCGGCAUGGGGGGCUCGAGCCGGGGCACGGACUCAGAUUCUGACCACAAACAACAGCAGGUGAGGAAAGGGAGUGACGGGGAGUCGUCCAGCUACAUGACCCCCAACCCUUUCCUCAGUCAGGAGGCAGGGACCCGGGGUGGAGGCGGUGGGGCCGGCGGCGCCCAGGGAGGCGGCGGAUCCGACCAACGCCAGGCCCUCCAGAAGCAGAAGGCCUCUCGUGACUGGGAGCUGAAGACCAGCAACAGCCUGGCCAGUCAGAAUCUCUUCAUUUCUGCUGCUGCCAGCAGCGGAGGGGGCAUCUUGAGCGGGAAGGUGGGAGGAAGUCCUGUAGCAGUUUCCUCAACCACAGGCUCGUCUGUGGGACAGUAUCUGGGGUCGCAGUUCCCACUCGGAGGCACCUCAGUCUUACAGUCCUUGUUUGGGGCCCAGACAGGCGGAUCCACGGUGAGUGGGACCCCUCGCCUUGUCAACGGACACUCUGCCCUGGGAAGCUUCUCCAGUGCUGGACUGGCAGGGGGAGCGGCUGGAGGUAUAUUUCACCACGUGGUUCCCUCAGUGUCCUCCCAUCAGUUUGGGGCAGCGCUGCCCACCUCUGGAGGCCUCAGCUCUCUGCUCAGUCUCUCCUCCUCUUCCUCUACCUCCUCCCAAACCCAGCAACACACCACCCCCCAGCCAGCCUCCACUCGCCUGACCUCCGUGUCCUCACCCCUGCCCCUCUCCCUGUCCCAGGCCCAGCACGGCCGCACCCAGUCGGUGCUGCACAGCCCCUCUCCUCCCACGCUCUCCCUGCCUCCACCACCUCCCCUGCACAGCGUCCCCUCCUCCUCCUCCUCAGCGUCCACGCACUCCGACCCCCCGCCGUCCUCCCGAUCAGACUCCCUCCACUCCUCGCGUCUCUCCCACUCCUCCCUCCACCACCAGAGAGCACAGUCAUCCCUCUCUCACUCCAUCUCCUCCUCCACCUCUGCCGCUUCUGUCUCUACCGCUGCCGCUGCUUCCGCCUCCCUCUCCUCCUCCUCCUCCCUGUCGACCUCCUCCUCGUCUCGUCCAUUCGCAGUGCACUACUCCCCUCGGCUGCCCCCUCCACCACCGGCCAGCAGUUCGGGUGGUGGCGGGAGCAUGUGGAGGACUCAGGGCAUGCAUGGUGCCUACACCACCUCCCAGCUCCCCGGCUCCCGACCGAGAUAGGGUUUGGGUGUAGGGGGAAAGGGGGAAGGAUGGAGAGGGCGGAAGGCAAUUAGAGGGUGGAUAGAGGGAGAGAAUGAGAGAGAAAGAGAGACUGGUAGGGAGUGAGGGAAACCUGUUUUCCCUGUGCUUCUGCAAGCUGUUGUUCUGAUUGAACAAGGUAAGAUCAUUUGGGUUUCAGAUCUAAAGAAUAAAACUGUUUCCAAAGUGUCGGGGUGUUGUGCUUGUGCUGGGCUAAAUGUGUACGCUGCAGAAUCACUGAAUGUGUCUUUUCUUGUCUUUGAAUGUUUCAGGUAAUUGAUGAAAGCUACCUCAACAUUAAAUAAACUAUGCAAAUGUCCAGGUGUGGACCCAGGCACUCUCCUCAUUCACUGGUGCUUCAAACCGUCUGCACUACCCAACCGCCUCCAAGACCGGCUUCUGUACUGGGAUCUUUACACACACACACACACACACAUGCAUACACACACACACACACAUACACACACACUCGCACACUAACCACCACUAUGGUCACCUUGAGCAGACUUCAUCGGUACUGGUCACGUUUAUGUGUGGUGAAUUAAAUUCUUGUUUGUUUUUUUUUUUUGCAAUCUGGCUGCUGUCUGGCUCUGAAUGAACUGAAGUAUCAUAUCGUGUUUAACUUUAAGGUGCUCCGCAACAUGAUCGCGCGUCAUUUUAAAAAAAAUUUUUAUCACACCAAGUGGCGUUCAGCAAAAAUCAUUCGAUACAUUUUGCUCGUUUAACGUCUCGUUUAACAUCAAACUGAAGCACACGGUGCACCUUUUUGAGCCCAGUCUCAUCGGGUGUCACGUUUCCUCUCGACGAGCGCGUGUGAAACGCAGACACACGGCCAGUUCACUGAACUCUGCUCAGAUGUCAUGCAGCUUUGCUUCUGCAUGCAUGCCUUCUUAUCUCUGUUUUUGUCCCUCGGUGAAAUUCAAUAUUUGUUGCAGCAUAUUUGACCACGAAACAAAACGAGGAACUCAGUAUUUUGGGUCUAACUUCACACUGGAUUGUAAGAUUUAGCUUCUCAUGUAGCAGAAGAUGUACAAGUCCUGGCUGGUUAGUUGACACCCCUGUUAUGUUUGUGAUUUGCUCUAUUUUUUUUAUUUUUUUUAUAUUUAAGAAAUGAAAAACUUGUAAAAAAAAUCAAUGUUUGGCUUGUUCUGGCUGCUCUAAACUCACAAUCCAAUGUUUCCUUUCCUUUGCUACUAACAAUUACGAUUUCAUUCUCACCUAAUUCUUGAUUCAGUGUUCUCAUAUCAGAAAUUAAACUCAUCAGUGAACGUUUUCUUACUUCAAAUCAGGAGACUUUUUGCAUUUUUUUGUCACUGAUCAAACAUUUCACAUUCUCUAAAUCAAUGAGCCAAAGGAUGAAGAACGAGGAGCAUCAAUUCGUAGGACUGUUUUCAUGUCAGCCUCAUUAAUAGAAUAAAGUCAAUUAGCAUUUUCAGGGGUGCCAGUAAUUCUGAGCAGAGCUGUGUACAUCUUCAUUUUUCUUUUAAAUCCCAGAAUGAAAUGAAUUUAAUGAAAUGGUGCUCUGUGUAGACGUUGUUAGCCGCUGUCUGGCGGCGACACUGUUGUUAAAGUUUAGUGAAGCUGAAUCCAGGUGUAAAAAGAGUUUUACAGAAAAAUCCAACCAGAUUCUGUAUUUAUGAAUUACGUUCUGUUCUUCUGUCAGUUUGGUAAAUCACACUACUAUCAGGCCCACAGCUGAAAUAUCCUUACAGCGGAAUUUUAAAAGUCUUCUUAAGCUGAAAUGAUUCAUAUUUAUCUUUGCUGUCGGGGGAAAUGCAGGUUUAAGCAAACGUGGACACAAAGGUGUAUGUGAAGUUUUACUGCAUUUAAUCAACGCAAACACGCACACAUACACAGUCAUGCAUGCAAAUCCUCACACACUGGGAAAGAAAACAUAAUGAACCACAACCACAACAAACUACUGGACUCUUUUCACACCUUUUUGUUUGCUUUUUUUAGGUUGUGUAAUUAUUUUUUUUUGUAAACAAUGUUUGUACUGUGAAUGUGAUUCAUUCUCUGACUGUAUAGUUGUGGAUAAUUUAGAUUAUUAUAUUUAUGCUGUCAGUCUCUCCAUUUGCCUUGGUAUUUGUUAUUUUUGCUCUUUUUUUUUUUUUAAAUCCUAAAUUGUGUUGAGAUUGUAGAAUGCAAUAGUGUGUGUACUUGACUCACAGUCUGAAAACAAUGGUGCUAAGUUUGGACUGUGCCUGACCUUAUUUAUUCUGUAAUGAAAACAUCGAAAAACAAGUCGAAUACUUGGUGCUGUACACAGGGACAUUUGUAAAGCCAUUUUUGUUUUGGCUUUUCCUUUUUCUCAUAUUUAAUAUGCUAUUGUCUCGUUCUUUGGAUGCCUAGUGUACAACUGUAGACACCACGUUUCGAUGGAAAUGCUCUCCAACAGCUGGCUCACAGUCUGAGUAAAUAGGUAUGAGGGCGUCACGCUGAUGUUUCUCACGCGACAGUUUUAAACAUGCGUCGGCCCGCUUUGCUCUCAAAGUGAGCCGCUCAUCUGUUAGUGAACAAGACACACUGUUUUUGUACAUAAGUUUUUUAUUGUUUUUAAUUGUACGUCUCCAUCAUAAACAGAAAGGUAUAUAAAAUAUGUAUCUAUAUACAGUCUAUAUAUAUAAAUAUAUAUAAAUAUAUAUAUGAGUAUAUAUAUAAGUGAAAAGGGGUGUUUUGGUGCUGGCAUUGUGACCCUUAAAUUCAACCUGUUAAACAGGAGGCUUGAAGCCAAGCAGAGCAAAGCAUUGCCACCACAGGACCUUAAUAGAUGGCGCCGAACACCACAGCAGCACCUGAAUCCUUGUGAUAUAAACACACACACACACACACACACACAACUAGAAACUCAGAAGCUGUGUGUUUUUUUUGGUUGUUUUUUUUUAAACACACAGAGGUGCUGUGGCUCGAACACAACUAGAUUUCAGCACUAGAACUGUUAUCACUUUUAUCAGAUGUUUCCACGUGUUUGUUUCUGUUUUGUUUUUUUUUUACAAACCCAGAUUCUGCAGGAAAAAUGGUGCUUCUGUUUCCAAACGAUGGCAAUUCAGAUUUUACAAGUGAAACCUUCAGUGGUGCAUACAGAACUCUGUCAGCGUCUUUACACACACACACACACACACAAACACACACACUGUCUGUCCUUAGCUGUCUCGCUGACGAGGCCGCACCUCGUCACGCGAGCGUAUUGUGUAACUGCAAGAGACACGCUGAUGUGAAACACUCGUCUUACUGUGUGUGUGAGUGCGAGCAGCCAAGCUUCCUUUUUCUCAGAUAGUGGGAAUACACUUAAGCUCAGUUUGUGUGCGUGCUUGUAUUUUUUCCACUUGCCGGUGCAUAUCUAAGGGAAGAUUAGACUAAUAAUCAAAGCUUUAUAGUAAAAAAAAAUGAAAAGAAAAAAAAGAGAAAAAAACUCCUGUCCUGUGCACUCCCUCUGUGAACACAAUCGUGUUUCUCACCUGCGAGUGUUCAAGUGAAAAAGAAGAAAAGUCCUUUUAGAGCGUAAAUUAGAGACUAGUCCAUUUGUUACCAGCACUGAGAGGUAUUUUGUAAUUAUUGUUGAUGCUGUUUUGAUUUUUCUUAUUCUUGGUGUUUGAUACAAUUUCAGUUACAUGUUAUGCUUUUAAUUGUGUCUUCGGAUUCCUGUCAAUUUUUAAAACUACUAGUCAGACAGACAGCACGGUGCUCUCCUUCACUUAAAACAAGGAAAUUGCAGCUAUUGAUAAAUACUACUCUUCUCCUGGUGUGCUGCAGGGUUUUAUAGUUUAACAACACAAAGCUCGCCUGGUGGCUUUUUCUGAUGGUCCAGUUUAACCUUUGGAACUCUCUCUCUAAUCUGGAGGCACGUUGCGGUGUAUGUGCGAGUACGAGCGGCCCCCGCGGGAACGUUGCAGGUUUCAGCCAAUUUUGUAUUCGCUUCUGGGAUCAGUCGAAGGGAUUUUUUAUUUUUUUUUUUUGUCUUUAAAAGUCCUUUGGUGUACGAGCGCGAUUUGAAUUCAAAGCUUCCACGCAGUCCUCUCCGGCACAUCCUGGUACAACAUUGGUAGAUAAUCUGUGAGAGCUUUGCCGUCGAGGCUGUUUACUCUAAAUCCUGCCAAAGGUCUUAACUCAGGAACUUCCCAGAUAACUUGCAAUGAUGUUAACGAUUUUUUUUUUCUAUCUACUGCUGCAUUUAUUAACCAUCUUGUGGCACGAUGAAGUCCCUCUCCUCAAGCUCAGGACCAGGAUCACCCCCCCCUCAUUAAGCAUAUUUCAAAAAAAUUUGUCAGCUGCCUCCUCCCAGUCGCUCCUACUGGCACAUACAUCGAGGCCUCUUCAGUGAAGCUUUAUGAGUCGGUCUGAUCUCGAGAAAGCUGUGAAAUGGCUACGACUUUCAGCAUCUUCCUCAUCUCACAAAUGCCUCUGUCUAGAUUCGUGUCUCUAAGAAGGAGGUCCGCCGUCCUUCAUGAGAACCCCUCUCAUGGGGCGAUGAAGGGCGGAUGUGACCUACGGUAUGUGUACAGUAGAUCUCUGAUUGGUGAAGCCAGGGCAGGUUUGAGGUGCAAUAAUGGCAAACCUACUUUCCAAAAGGCCCUGGGUUUUUCAUGGAAAACUUGUUACUGUUUGAUGUUGGUGCUUUUAUCCUAAGAUGUUAUAAUGAAACAAAUGGAAUUAAUGUUUUUUUUUUUUCUGCGUUUUAUGAUUAUUAAUAAAAAUGUUUCAUAUAAUAUUGAAUUAA